AUGCAAGUUCUCGUUCAACGCCUUGAGGGAGUGCCGGUCGGGAGCUACCUAAGCAUCGGCUGCGAUGGGCAGAGGAUUCUAAGGCGAUUAGAAGCCGGCCGAAGCUUCCCGAUUCCUGGCGCGGAGAUCGGAGCCUUGAAGAUAGAGGUGCUGCAGAGCAUGGGCAGCGGCUACGUGGUGAAGCAGCCUGGGCGGCAGGCUUGCAGCUUGUCCUUCCUCCCUGAGACAGCAAGGGCCGCCAUGAAGAACACGAAGAUGCUGCUGGAGCUGGAACUGAUGCCUCAGUCGCCUGCAGAGGCUGCAAGUAAAGCUCCCAACCAAGAGGAGAAUAGCUUUUACUUGCAGAAACACAAGCUGUCGGAGUACUUCAAGGCGCUUCUUUCUGCCAUGCUACGCCGGAAGCCGUCUGAUCCCUAUGCCUGGAUGCUGGGACAGCUGCAGGGCAAGAUUAUCGCCUCUCCUCCUGCAGAGAUUUCAACAUUAAG